GGGAAUAAUGUUAGAAACCCCAACCAUGGAAAAUUCAGCCAUGGUAGCUUUCGGAUCAGCCAUGAUGGCCGACCAAAAAAAGGGGGAAUAACCAAUGUGGAGAAGAAAGGUGAAGGAGUAUGGUGUACCUUUUGUAACAAGCCUCGCCACACUCGUGAUAAAUGUUGGAAGCUGCAUGGAAAGCCACCUAGUAGAGAUUGGGGAUCCCAAAAUCGUGACAAGGAGUGGGGAAAAAAAGGAGACAACACUAGAAAGGGAGGACAAGCACACAUAGGGGCUGCAACAAAUGAAGAAAACAAAGGAGGAGUGAUUCACCUUAACCAGGAUGAAGUAGAGCAGAUGAGAUUAUUCCUCAACAAGUUGGACAAGUCUCCAGGUAGUUGUUCUCUGGCACAUUCAGAACAAGUACUCGGGGAAGACAAUUGGACAUGCUAGAGAAUGGAAUGACUUGUAUUACUUGGAUCAUCCAAAUCUGCUCCCAGACCCGGAAAAUAACACCUCUUUUUUCUUUGAUUCAAUAAAGACCAACAGGGAGAAGGUCUUCCUACAUCACUGUCGCCUUGGACAUCCUUCCUUUAGGGUCAUAAAAAGCUAGCUAACAUAAUAUGGGGUGAAGGAGGUGAGAGUGAUGAUCAUAUUGUGCCUUAUCCAGAGGUAAACGAAGGUGUUAGCAACAAGAAAGAAUUCAAUCAGGAAGCUUCUACGACUAAGCUCACAGAGUUGAAGAGACCAGAGGCUAAAAUUGAUUUUUAUGAAAGAAAGCUUAGAAGCAGUUCCAACCUUGAUAAUAGUGUAGAAUUACCUGUCUCAGGAUAUGGAACACAUGCUUGGCCUGACUUGUCUUUGUCCAGUUCAGCUAAAAUGGAUCAGGGAUCCCUUGGUACUGCAGUAUCUAAAAAUUUAAGAGAACUUGGCAAAUUCAGUUCAAGAAUUGAAGAAUCUAAACAGAAUGAAAAGGAUGCUGAAAUUUUCCGAAGUAGUAAUGAAGGUAAAGAGCAAGGUGAUUUUGUUGAUUAUGAAUGGGCCAACAUAGGAAGUUUUGAUGACCUUGAUCGAAUUUUUAGCAAUGAUGACCCUAUAUUUGGUCAUGUAAGUCUUGAUAAUUCUAAUGAUCUUUGGUCCUCCAAAGAUGUGAGCAACAAUUCAGCACCUUUACCAUUGGAUACACCAAGUUCUUCUGGUGCUUUGAUUAACGAAGCUGAUCCUUUGGAAAUCAAAGAAGAGUAUGUUCAAACUAAUGAUGACAAAUCGUUGGACCUCAGCUUUGAGAAGAUUGGGAUUCCUGCAUCCGAAGUUUUACAAAAUUUGUGCACAAUCACAGCUAUUGAGGGAAAUGAUGGAGUUAGAAGCAAGCCUACAGAAAAGGAACAACAGGUUUUUAGGCAAAAGAAUCUUUUGAAAACUCGGAAAAAAUCACAGGUAAAACAAGAUUUUUAUGGUAAUUGGUCUCCUUCAGCAGCACCGGCUAGACAAUUUGAGAAUGAAUUAUCACCAUCUGUCAUACAAUCUUCUCCCUCUCCAAUUCUUGGUCAACAAAAGCAGAUCCAAGGAGCUGAAACCUUAUUUCAGAAUAUUGUAAAUCCUUAUGUGGCUUCUUCUGUGUAUGAGAACCUUACUAGUACAUAUCCUGCUAUGCCAAUGCUGUCGCAGACUCUGUCAGGUGAUCUUAGGCAGCAGCCUGUGCUUUCUGGGUACGAAGUGUCUCCUGAUAUAGUGAAUCCUGUGAAAAAUUCUGUGGACUCGGUCAAACCUCAAAUCAUGACUCCUCAGGAGAAAAUUGAAAAAUUGAGGAGGCGGCAGCAAAUGCAGGCAAUGAUUGCUAUUCAGAAACAACGGCAACAAUUGGGCCAUCAAGUCCCUAGUAAUACCAAAUCAAGCACCCAGAAAUGCCCUCCAGACAUCCAAAGUCAUCUCAGUGACGGGACUGAUGAAGAUCUAAGAAUUCUUCCUGCUCCAGAUCCACCUAUUGAACAAGAUGAUUCUAAUACAAUGUCAGUGGCAGUUGGAAAUGAUUUUGUUGAAGACACCAUAUUGUACCAGCUUCAGGAUAUUAUAUCAAAGUUGGACCUCAAAAUAAGACUCUGCAUCAGAGAUAGUUUGUUCCGGUUGGCACAAAGUGCAACUCAAAGGCAUUAUGCUAGUGAUACUAGCAGUACAAACAAAAGUAGCAGAGACGAACUUGAAGUUGUGGCAAGAGAAGAAAGCAAUACACAAAAUAGAUAUGCCAGGAUGCCAGAUGUUGAAACAGAGACGAAUCCCAUUGAUAGAACCGUAGCCCAUUUACUUUUUCAUAGUCCUAUGGAGCUAACCCAGAACUAUUCUGACAAGCUUGAGUCACCUGUUUCUACUAAGGUGCAAUGUGAAAGCAAAGCAGCUAACCUGGUGAACUUUCCCAUGAGUUGCUUACCAGAUGAGGACUCGAAAAACAAUCAACAGCUUUCUCACCUUGGGCUGAAGAAUUCCUGGUUUGAUACCCAGUCUAUGGAUCAAAUUAGAAACAGUCCCUGCGUAGACACUUCUGAAAAUGCAUCCAACACACAGGAACUUGAAGCCUCUCAAUGAAGAAGAAAGAGGGCUCUCCAGAUAUUUGAGGAUCAUAAGCAAGCACAAUUAUGGCUGUAGAAUCCUGGGAACCAGUUUCAUGGUUAUCAUAUUAUUAUCGUUUCUUCUGUUUCAAAACAUGACGGAGUAUGUAUAUCAGUAUCUGACCAUACUUAAGGUCGCGAGUGCUGUGUUGUUUCGUUCAUAACUGCAACAAAAUGUCUCGCACUCAGAUGUUAAAUUUAAGUCUUUGACUGACUGACUUAGACCAGGGUUUAAAGUUUGUGUCGUAUUUCUGUAUGUUCUGUCACCAUUUGAGAUUGAGUCAUAAACUUGCGAUUUUUUAUUUGAAUUUAAGUUUUUCACCGUUUCUGUCAAAA